CCGCCUAUUCGAAAUCGUUUGCCCGCCAUUUUGAAUUGAAGCCGUAAACGGCCGUGCUGUCGAAAUGUCUGAUUCGGAGGCUCUUCCGCAAGGGAACAGCGUGAAAGACCAUGCUGAUGGGGAUGUAGAAGAGACAGACAAGAAGUCUGCAGAGAGUCCAAAGAAGUCGUCCGAAGCCGGCACUCCCAAGAAGUCGACCCUGAAAAAGGAGAACUCUAGCAAGCCAAAAGAUGAACAAAGCGAAGAGGAGGAAAGUGAGGAAGAGGAACCCAAACCUGGGCUCUUGGACCUGCCCCUCGAAGUGUCUGGGUCACGGCAGAGAAAAAAGGUGGAACGGCUCGUCGUGUCCUUCACUCCCUCUGGCAAGGAUAAGCCUGAAGUUCCACUGGGCAAGGGAACACCUCUAGGAGAAUGUCCACGAAUCGAAAACGAGAUAUCGAAGCACAAAGCCGAAGACCUCAAGAACCUGCACAAGGUCCUGUUUAACCGACCUGGAACGUCUACAGAAGUAAAGAGGAAUCUGAAGAAGUUCUGCGGAUUUCCAUUUGACGAGAGCUCGGCCGAGUACGACAAGAAGAAGAAAAUGUUCCAGAAGUUUACGGUUGCGGUUCAGAAGCAGAUCCUCGCCGUACUCGACCUCGAGAGGUCCGGCACGUCAGAGGACCGCGCAGAACGAGCGUUGAAGUUCCUGCUCUCACCGGCGGAUUCCAAAAAGCCACUUGUGGCUCCUAAGAAGAGGAAGAGGGGGAGCGAGAAGUCUGAGAAGGGUGCGGCGAAGGGCAGGAAAAGUGCAGGUGGUAAAUCUUCCAAGAAGGUGAAGGGAGCAGGAAGUGAGAGUGACGAAGGAGAGCAGGAUGAGGAAGAAGAAGAAGAAGAGGAGGAGGAGGAGGAAGAAGAAGAAAAGAAGGAAGAGUCUGAGGAAGAGGAGGAGGAAGUAGAAGAAGAAGCAAAAGAAGAACCAGAGAAAAAGAAAGCCAAGAAGGAAGCUACUCCACGGAAACGAGCAGCAGCGAAAAAGGUAGUAGAGGAGAAGGUUGAAGAAGAUGACGAUGAAGAGGAGAAGGAAGAGAGUGAGGAAGAAAUGGAGGUUCAAGAAGAGAGUGACGCUGACAGUGACUAUGAGGAGAGUUCCAAGAAAAAGAAGAAAGCCGCGCCGAAGAAGAAGGGAGGAGCGGCUAGGAGUAAAAAGGCGACCCCGAAGAAGCCGGCUCGGAAGGCGGCUUCCAAGAAGUCCAAAGCAGAUGUGAAGGAUUCCGAGGAAGACGAAGAAGACGAGGAGGAAAAGGUGGAGGAGAACAACAAUUUGGGUGAGGAUGGGGAAGGAGAUGACGAGGAGGAAGCAGAGAAGGGAGAGGUGAAGAAGAAGGGAGGAGAAGCGAAAAAUGCCAAGAAGGGAGCAGAAAAGGACGAAGGUUCCAAAGGGAAAGCAAAGGAAGCAAAGGGAUCCUCCAAGGCUGCACCCACGGAAGAAGACAUUAAGGACCUAAUAAAGAAAAUCUUAGACGGGGCUGACCUAGAAGAGAUCACAAUGAAGAAAGUUAUAAAGGCCGUGUUCGAUGAGUACCCAGGUCACGACCUCUCGGAGAAGAAGGAAUACAUCAAAACCACUGUCAGAUCGAUAGGUGUCGUCGUGAGGUGCGUAGGUCUUCACCAAGACUGUACCGUAGUAGCAGCUGCCAUGCACUCGGGAUCUGCAGCAGCAGAACUCACGCUUGCAAGUUUUAAAGUGCGACCUAUGCAAGCAAGCAAGCAAGCUAAAAAUACAAAUUCCCCUACACCUAAAGUUAGGUUUAGGUUUAGGGUUGCCUAUUCCCUUAAAGUCUGGAUUCGGCCGCCAGGAGGACAAAAACGGAGAAAACCCGCAAGUUACAAUUUGGAGAGCGCUCCGAGCGUCUUUCCAGGGUGCAAGAUGACAGAGGAAAAACAGUUGGAAGAUGAGGUCGUGUACGGGGGCUGUGAGGGCCCCGAGGCCAUGUACGUCAAACUGAUCUCCUCUGACGGGCACGAGUUUAUCAUCAAGCGAAUGCAUGCCCUCACAUCUGGGACUAUCAAGGCUAUGCUUUCUGGGCCAGGACAGUUUGCCGAAAAUGAAACAAACGAAGUGAACUUCAGAGAGAUUCCGUCGCACGUGCUACAGAAAGUGUGCCAGUACUUCACCUACAAGGUGCGCUACACCAACAGCUCCACCGAGAUUCCAGAGUUCCCCAUCGCACCCGAGAUUGCCCUCGAGCUUCUCAUGGCCGCAAACUUCCUCGACUGUUGAUGGCUGGCCCCCUCCUCCUCCUCCUCUUACACCCCCUUCCUCCCACAUUUCUUCCCCUCUCUUUUCUCCCCUUCACCCCAUUUUCCAUAUUGCUAACUUGAACGCUCUUGGCAACUUUAUUAUUGGCCGUUUUUGAUUAUGGAGGGAGCAUAUUUUUAAGCCAACGAGUUAACUGCAGCUUCUUUUUUUUUGUGUGUGUGUGUCAUUUGUUUCGCGGGUGCGAACAACAAAUUUUAGUCACUGCUGCGAAAGAAUAAACAAAACUUGCCCUCAAAAAGAAAACAAAAAGAACGGAUGUCUUGCGGGUUUCUCAAAUUUCUUCCCUCCCUGUCGAGUUUGAUGUCUGUUCCUUAACGUACUUUUAUUUCUCUCCUCCCCAAACAGUUACCUCGUACUUAGAUGAAAGCAAUCAGUUUAACUAAUUCCCGAGAGAGCUUCGUUGUGUAUAGUGUAUCUGUAAAUAGUUUGUAUUUAACUUUAAAAAAAAAAAACACACACACGGAAGGGAGACUAGCAAGGGGUCGGAAUCUGUGAGGUGGGGGAGGGCGAGGAUCGGAAAAGGGAAAAUCGUAAAUAGCGAGGCAGCUGCGUUUCAAAUUUUUUGAAGCAGACGACGGCGACCAGAUUGCUUUUUCUCUCGAGCACCUUAAAAAAAAAAAAAAAUGAGAGAGGUGUUUGACUUGCACUGCGUGUAUUUAUUAGGCACACCCACUGUUGCCCGCUUGACCCCCCCUCUCUCCACUGGUUUGAAGAAAGCGAUUGCAUCUUGUAAAUAUUCCGCACCUUGUUCCUCGACGGAAAGCCCCGCCUGCCCUCCUCUUCCGCGAGAGGAUGCGUCAACAAUGCUUGCGUGGACUGUGGAAAAACAAAACACUUCCUCUUCUUUUUUUUUCCACUUGCAAGACAAAGAAAAAAAAGAAAACACUGGCUUUGUUCUUGUGUCUCGAACAAGGAAAAAGUAGACAUCAUUUGUCACAAAAAAGUAAUAAAAAAUAAAAAAAUUGUUUCAACAUAAUGUG